AGACAAUCAGAACUGAUAUAUUCAAUCUUGUAAUGCUGCUUUGUGACCAUCUGAACUGUAAAGUUGAGCUGGAAACACGUUUGAAAGUUUUCACGACCCAAGUAAUUGAGACGCGUCUGACCUUGUACGCUAUAAAGAUACUCGAAGAUGGCCACUUCUUUGCGACUGAACUCGCCACAGCUAUUCUGCCAUUCACAUUCAGUAGUCGUGACAAGUAUAAUGCCAUUCUGCGAAUGAUGUCUAUCUUUCAUAUCCAAGAAAUAGAGAAAGAAAUCUCACGAACUCAAAAAAACAAAGCCACGGAGUAUCACCUUGGCUUAUUAAAAGCAAAGCUAGCACGAUAUAGAGUUCAAUUAUUAGAGCCAACCAAAGGAGGAGUCAAGGGAGAAGGAUUUGAUGUAAUGAAAAGUGGGGAUGCGCGAGUCGCAUUAAUAGGAUUUCCAUCGGUGGGCAAGUCUACCUUACUUAAUAAAUUGACAAAAACCCAUUCAGAAGCAGGUGCAUACGAAUUUACCACCCUAACGUGUAUUCCAGGAAAGAUCGAGUAUAAUGGAGCUAAUAUUCAGUUACUUGAUUUACCUGGAAUCAUUGAGGGAGCAUCUCAAGGCAAAGGGCGUGGUAGACAGGUUAUUGCAGUUGCUAAAACAGCAGAUGUGGUUCUUAUGAUGCUGGAUGCAACUAAGAGUCGUCAACAACGAGUAUUGCUAGAACGGGAAUUAGAAGCUGUUGGGAUUCGACUGAAUAAACAGAAGCCUAAUGUUUAUUUCAAGGUUAAAACAGGAGGGGGGAUAAGUUUCAAUUCAACUGUUCGAUUAACUCAUGUGAAUGCUCAAAUGGUAUACCAAAUUUUACAUGAUUAUAAAAUAUUCAAUGCAGAAGUGUUAAUAAGAGAAGAUAUUACAGUGGACGAAUUUAUCGAUGUAGUUUUGGGCAAUCGAAAAUAUAUUAAGUGUCUUUAUUGUUAUAAUAAAAUAGAUUCGAUUACUUUGGAAGAAUUGGAUCGUCUUGCUAGAGAACCAAAUACGAUUGUAAUAAGUUGUGAAUUAGAUUUGAAUUUAGAUUAUUUAGUGCAAGAGGUAUGGCGGCAUCUUAAUUUAUUGCGUGUGUAUACUAAAAAACGAGGAGAAUAUCCUGAUUUUGAGGGUGGCUUGAUCGUUAGAAAUGGCUCUACUGUUGAACACGUAUGUCACGCCAUUCAUCGAUCACUAGCAGAAGAAUUUCGAUACGCGUUAAUAUGGGGAACUUCAACGAAACAUAAUCCACAACGAGUCGGAUUAUCACAUGUGGUUGAGAAUGAGGAUGUGAUUCAGGUGGUGAAAAAGAAAUAA